AUGUCAAAGACUGCUCAAAAACGUCUACUCAAGGAACUACAGCAACUCAUGAAGGAUUCCUCAACUGGAAUCGUGGCGGGACCACGUUCAGAGAACGAUCUGUUUGUUUGGGAUUGUUUGAUCCAAGGUCCGCCAGAUACCCCUUAUGAAGGUGGUAUUUUCAACGCUAAGCUAGAAUUCCCAAAGGAUUAUCCACUGUCGCCUCCAAAGCUUACAUUUACCCCAAGUAUUCUGCAUCCAAAUAUAUACCACAAUGGUGAAGUUUGCAUUUCUAUUCUACACUCGCCAGGUGAUGAUCCAAACAUGUACGAAUUGGCUGAAGAACGCUGGUCACCAGUACAGAGCGUAGAAAAGAUUCUUUUAAGUGUUAUGAGUAUGCUAAGUGAACCUAAUGUCGAGUCAGGCGCGAAUGUGGAUGCCUGCAUUCUUUGGAGGGAUAACAGACCGGAGUUCGAACUUCAAGUUAAGAGAUCAAUACUACAGUCUCUAGGGUUCUAA